GUAUCUUGGGCCUUCCCAAGCAACUACAAUGGGUGAUCAAACGAACGCGCCUUUACUUCCUGCCUGUUUGCCCACCGAAGAUCAUGCCCCGACUAUUCGCUUGCUGUUUGUCGCUUGUCACGCUUGCCCUUGUUGUCUCGUGGACCGCAGCGGUUGACGCCCAAGAGAAACCGAACGCCGCGGUCGAUUUGCCUGGCCUGCUUUGCUUCUGGGACUUUCAGCAGAAAGCAGACGAUGGCUACGUCAGCCGUGGUACUUACGCGUACAAACUUCAGCCGAAGAAUGGUCCGAUCACUACGUCGGAAGAAGGUGUCUUUGGUGGCAGCCUUCAAGUUCGCCAAGGGCAAUGGCUGAUGAUCCCCAGGGCCGAAUGCCCCGGGCUCAAUUUGCAUGGCCAAGAUGAAGUGACGAUCGUCGCAUGGAUUCAACGCAAGAGCGACGCCGACUGGCAGUACAUUGCCGGCAUGUGGAACGAACGAGACGCGAAGCGGCAGUAUGCAUUGUUCACGUGUGCGGCCCGGCAGACAAACUUCGAGACGAUGGACCGCAUUCCAGCCAAACAUCAAACGCAUGGCUAUGCGUCGGACGUCGGCGGAGCAACGCCAGGCAAGCCGUUCUGUUUCUCGUAUGCCUCUGGCGAAACGAAACUGCCCAAGGGGAAGUGGACGAUGAUCGCUUACACCUACGAUCACGAGUUCCUGCGCGUCUAUGUUGAUGGAAAGCUGGACGAGAAACCUGGCUUCAAUCCAUUUGCGUGGGACAAGCCGAUCUUCGAGGGUGGCAAAGACGGGGCCGAUUUCACCGUCGCGCGUCAGUGCCUGCCGAACUGGCCGCACUAUCCCAACGCAGAGAAGCCGAUGCUUCGCCAAGGCUUCGGCGGCAAGCUGGCCGGGCUGGCAGUUUUCAAACGGGCUCUUUCCGCCAACGAGCUGGUCAAAAUGCAUGAAGUGACACUGGCGGACAAGUAA